UUUUGUGAAGGGAUUGCUAUUUGCUAGAGCUAUUUGGGUCAAUAGCCUAACCCCACCCAUUUCCAGAUUGAGCACAGAAACCAAACAAAUCAGAAAUCAAAAUCCUUUCUAUUUAAAAUCCUUCAUCUCUACAGAGGGAGAGAGAGAGAGAGAGAGAGAGAGAGAGAGAGAGAGAGAGUUCAGCUAAUCAUCAUUUGAAGCCAACCCAGAUGCUCUCUUCUCUCUCUGCUUCUUCCAUUCUACCUUUUUGUCUUUUGAUCGUACCAGUCUCCUCUCCUCCACCGAGGUAGAAGACGAAGAAGAAGAAGAAGAAGAUUAAGAAGGAGAACAAAUAAGUUUUCAUCGGAUUAAUUUCUCUCUGGCUAUGCAGCCUUGUAGCGGAGAAAUGGGAAUGGACUCGUUGUCUCCCUGCUUAAACCCUACCCAGGUUUCUCUUCAAGACCUCCAGAACGGCCACCACCGCCAUCACCAUCAACAGCAGCAGCAUCAGCAUCAGCAGAUCCAGAACGCUCAGAUUCAGGUUCAGAGCUCCCACUUUGAUCCUUCUCCCGCCGACGACUUCCUCGAGCAAAUGCUCUCCACAAUCCCCUCCUGUUCCUGGCCCGAACUCUCAGCCGGCAACCCCAAUCGGGCCCCCUGGGACCUCAAUCCCGGCAACUCCAUCUCGCCGGCGAAUCCCAUUGGCCUGCAGAAGCCCCGCGACGUCGCCGAAGAUCAGGGGCAGGGCAAUCCGGAGGCCCUCCAGUUCCACUACGACGACUCGGCCAUGCUCGCGUCCAAGCUCCGGCAGCACCAGAUUGGCGGCGGCUCAUCGGCGGGCAAGUCGGCCUUGAUGCUCCAGCAACAGCUUUUGAUGUCUAGGGGAUUGGGAGCCGCUGGUGGCUUGUCGAGGUCGCCGACGUCGGGCUCCGCGGCAGGCGAUUCCGGCCUUCUUCCGUUGCCGUUGAGCCUCGGGAACGGCGAUUCUUGUGAUUCUCGAUUCCUUAUUGACCGAUCUCAGAACGAAAUCGUCGAUGCUUCCUCCUUCAAAUCCCCAAAUCCUGGGGGAGAGGGUUCCGUGCAUGCUCUGUAUAACGGAUUCCCCGGAUCUCUGCAUGGGACUGGUCAGACAUCGAACCAAGCUCAGCAUUUCCACCAUCCUCAGGCUGGGUCGUUGCCGGCGCAGAACUUCGGAGCUCAGGCGGCAGUGAUGAACCAAUCUCCGGCUACUGGCUCGGCUGGAGCUGUACCGGCGCAGCCGAGGCAGAGGGUCAGGGCUAGGAGGGGUCAGGCCACAGACCCACACAGCAUCGCCGAAAGGUUACGGAGAGAGAGAAUUGCAGAGAGAAUGAAGGCUCUGCAGGAACUCGUUCCCAAUGCCAACAAGACUGACAAAGCUUCCAUGCUGGAUGAGAUUAUCGACUAUGUGAAAUUCCUCCAGCUCCAAGUCAAGGUGCUGAGCAUGAGCAGGCUGGGCGGUGCAGCGGCUGUUGCUCCCCUCGUGGCUGAUAUUUCUUCUGAUCAGGGAGGCGGCGACUGCAUUCAGGCCAACGGCGGCGGCGGAGGAGGAGGAAUGGGCCGCAGCAACGGCGGAUCCGGAGCAACGCAAACGACCUCGUCCAGCGACACCCUGGCCGUGACGGAGCACCAGGUGGCCAAGCUGAUGGAGGAGGACAUGGGCUCCGCCAUGCAGUACUUGCAGGGGAAGGGCCUCUGCCUCAUGCCCAUCUCCCUCGCCACUGCCAUCUCCGCCGCCACCUGCCACUCCCGUAACCCCCCCGUCGCCCCCCACCAUAUGCUGCCCUCGGCAGGCGACGGCCCCACCUCCCCCAGCAUGUCCGUGCUUACGGUGCAGUCGGCGGCAGCCGCUGGCAAUGGAGGCGCCGACGUCUCCGCGAAGGACGCCGCUUCCGUGUCGAAGCCCUGACGGCGGGGUUGACUGACUUUUUAGAGAAGGAGAAUUGGACGUCGAAAAAGGCCGGUCUGAAAAGUCUACGGAAAUAGGGCUUCGGGUGACGCAAAACGACGCCGUAUUUGUGUGGACUUUUUGGGCCUUUUUUCCGAGGCUAACAACACAGCCCAAGUGACCUACAGCAACAGCCCAAGCCCAAGCCCAAAGGAUUCUCUGCUUUUUAUUAAUUUUUUUUUUUGUUUAAAAAAAUUUAGGGGAAUUCGUAUGUGAACUUUUGGGUUCUCUAUGUUGAUUUGUUUGUUUUUUAGUUUUUUUUUUUUAUUAUGAAUUUGGGUCUGUGCUGAUCUAAUUAGAGCUAUUAAGCCUAUUAUUUGGUGUUGAAAA